CCGUGUUUUCUCCGCAGACUCCUCCAUGCCCGAGCCGGGAGCUGCUCCGCGGCGGAGCCCGCAGGGAGUCCCCUACAGCGACCUGCCGCACCUCGUCAACGCCGACGGACUGCACCUGUUCUGCCGCUACUGGCAGCCCGCCGGCCCGCCAAGGGCUCUGGUGUAUAUUGCCCAUGGAGCCGGGGAGCAUUGUGGGCCGUAUGAUGAGAUGGCACAAAGACUGAAGGAACUGUCCAUGCUGGCGUUUGCGCACGACCACGUUGGCCAUGGUCAGAGUGAAGGAGAGAGGAUGAAUAUCAAAGACUUCCAGGUAUACAUCAGAGACUCGCUGCAGCACGUUGACCUGAUGAAAUCCCGCCACCCGGGCCUGCCCGUCUUCAUCGUCGGUCACUCCAUGGGUGGUGCUAUCUCCAUCCUGACGGCCUGUGAGAGGCCCAGUGAAUUCUCUGGAGUGGUUCUGAUCGCUCCGAUGGUCCAGAUGAACCCGGAGUCGGCCACACCGUUCAAGGUUUUUAUGGCAAAGGUCCUCAACCACAUGGUGCCCUGCCUCUCUCUGGGCCCCAUCGACUCCAAAUGGAUCUCACGCGACAUGAAGCAGGUGGAGGCGUAUGAUGCCGAUGAGCUGAACUUCCACGGGGGCAUGCGGGUGUCGUUCGCCAUGCAGCUGAUGGGGGCGGCGGCGCGCAUCGAGAGGGAGAUCCCCUCCAUCAGCUGGCCCUUCCUGCUCCUGCACGGCGACGCCGACAAGCUCUGCGACAUCAGAGGCUCCAAGCUGAUGUACGAGAACGCUGCGAGCUCCGACAAGAAGUUCAAGGUCUUCGAGGGGGCCUACCACGCCCUUCACCACGACCUCCCGGAGGUGUCUGAGUCCACGCUGAAGGAGGUGACCGGCUGGAUCACAGAUCGCAUCCCAGCUGUGACAUCGCCGUAACAACAAGGCUCCUAGAAACAACCUGUAGGAGCUCCAUGGGAAACUGCCAACCUCGUCCCAAGAGGCAUAACAACACUACUGCACUCUGGUGUGGGAAACACACUCGGGCCGAUCGACUGACAUUAUUUUCUCAGUAUAAAAAGUGUACUGACAAUAUCCUCCGGGCAAGAAUUUAACAAACAAGAGUAUAUCCACCUCUCCUGUGUACCUAUCAAUCAACCCAGGUUAUAGAGAUUUCAAUUGGAUGAUGGGGUCAGAAAACUACUUCCUGUUUAAGAUACUCAGCAGCUGGGAUGUUUCCCUUGUUUUUCAGUCAUGGGCAGAUUUGGAUAAAAAUGUGGUUAUCUCCAUUAGACCUCAGUGAGAUGCAUCUAGAGUGAAGUUUAAGCUAUAUUAUUACAUGCUGGGGUUUAAAGUGCAAUAUUCAAGUUUUUCCCUUAAUUAUACAAACAAGCCAGAGCUUUUUAAAAACUGAUGACCAACCUAAUGUGAGACAUUAUGAAUCGGCACAGGCACAUUUACUUUUUGAUCAUGGCUCCUCAGCAGACAGGUCUGUCUCUGUCCGUGUGUGUAAGACCAGUGGAUAUAAAGCAGAUUUUCAGUGAGACAGUUCAGCAAGCAACUGCAAGCUCUCUUAAAACUCUCCUCUGUGAGCGCAGUGUUUUACAAAUGACCUAAAACACCACUUUUGACACUUUUAUAGUGGCUCAGAAACUGUACUUUAAGUACAUGUGUCUGUGUAUACAUAACACAUCCUCUCUUCCCCUCACUUUUCCGCAUGUCCCUUUUUUCUUUGGCCUGGAGACAGAUGCUUAGCUCUUAUACUUUACAUAUGUCGUAAUCCAUUUAUCUGAAUCGUGAAGCCUGAGGUCUAGUUUUAAAUCAAGUAAUAAUCAUUGGUCAUGUUGUUUUACAAAUUAAGUGAAUUAUUCGAUGGAUCCUAGCAAAAGAGUCUUCUAUUCCUUGUUUAAGAUAUUUUCUUAUAACAGCUUUAGGAUUACUUCCCCACCACCUUCAUUUACAUUAUAAGUUAUAAUAUAUUCAAUCUCCCUCUGCAGGUGGGAAUUACAGAAAGAAAGCAAAGUUCAAAAGGUCCCCUCUCCAUGUGACCUUUGACCUUUCCGGUCCCAGUUGGUGACAUUGUUAGGCUCAAUCUCUGAAGCUGUAACUUCAUUAAGCUCAGACCAGAUGGAAAAGGAAAGGGAGCCCCCUCUCUGUUACUGAGAACAAAAGAAGAGAUCUCUUCUCAUCACAGCAUCUGGCAUCUGGAGGACACUUCAUCCAGAUCUGUUCAUGUGGAUGUGUCCGAUCCCAACCCCUCAGAACAAUGCUGCAGUUAUCAUUUUGCUGGGAAAACAGGAUGUGGUCCAGAAUGAAUUCCAGAGGCGAAGGGACAGAACGGGAUGUUACUGAGAUUUUAACUUCUGAACCUAAACACCGCAACAAUCUGAUAUAAUUCAUUGAUCUUAAAAUACAUUUGAGCAGCUUUGGGAAAUAGAACUACUGUAUCCGCACAUGAUGGUAACUUUAUAGAUACAUUUUCAGUAGUUGAAGACUAUUCUCCAUCAGGAUGUUAUUCCUGGAAGUGUGAAAGGGUUUGAAGCAGCUUUCAGUUAAUCAAAUUGGAUUAAAAAGAUAUGGAAAAUGAACUUGAUUUGAUUUUAGAAUGGAAAUAAUACAAAUAAUUAAAAAGAUGGAUUUUAUGCUAGCCAUGGGAAUAGCUUGGGCUUCAUCUGAUCGCAUCUACAAUAAAAGUAGCUGCAGCAGUGGUCAAGCUAACAUCUCACUUGUUAUAUGUAUCCAAUGUUUGAAUCUGUCAACUUUCAAAAUGUUCCCAGCCGUGUGGAGCACUCAAAGUCAGCAGUGGCUGACCAAACCAUAGCAAUAAUGUCACAGUAGCCUUUAUUCUUGGUAGCCGGUAAUUAUAAGCUAGACAGAAACCCACUGAGCUCAUUAUUGGAUAUUUCAGGUAGGCUGUAAUUAGCAGGUAUUGCUAAGCGUCCUGAGAUUCCUCCACCUAUUCAUUUAGCAUGAGGAGGAGUCAGGAGGCCUUUUUUUCCACCAUAAUCAUCAAAGAUGGGAAGGGAGCAAACAUGUUGUGGCUUUCAUAUCAGUGUCUGACUUCAGACAUCGUGCAUUUCUGUAGGAAACACAUCUCAUUCCCCCUCUGGCUCUUUUCUCUAUCACACAGAGUUCAAAAGGCCUCACGCAGAGAGAGUAGGGGAAGCACAGUGCGGUAUCCACGGUGACCGUUACUCAUGUGUAACCACGGCAGCAGGUCGGCGGCAAUGUAGAAUUUUUUUAUUCCAUUUUACAUGUAUAGUAACCACGGUGAUCCCUACAAGACCUAUAGAAUGAGAUGGAUUUCUGGCUUCAGGCCUGCUCCGUCUCUUUUUCCCUCUCGUUUCCCUCACCCUGUCUCCUCCUGCCUCACCCCGUGUCACCCUCUCUCUCCACCUUUUUUUUGUUGCUGUGGUGACCAGCGCUCUUUGUUCUGUCCAUCACAGAGCCCCUUGUUCUGCUGUUAAUUCCAACAUCUCGUACUGUCAGCCACCCACACUGCCCCCAGUGCUCAAUUAUCAGAACAGCAACAGCUUAUGUUCUUCUUUUCAGGCUCUUUGGACAGAGAACUGUUUAACAGAGGAAACACAGGGAUGCAAAAACUUGAUAUCAAUGAGUGUGUGUGUGCUAAUGUGACCCACAAAUGCCCUGCAGACAGCUCUGAGGUGUUUGGCUAUUUGUAUCCUUUUUGUAUUUGAUGUAGUGAUAAAACCAUGGAGAUGCAAUGAAAAAUGAGACAUUAAUGAUACAAAGAAUGCUUUUCACGCUAUCCUUUUUCAGGGUGUAAACGCAUCCUCUUCCCUGCUUUUCUCAGGCCUCAGAGGAAGAUAUCAGGUUACAUUGCCAGGGACACAGAUUGAGAUGUAAUGUAUUCACGGGUCCCAGUGGGAGUCAGACCCUUAACCCCAGCGUCUUAUCACAAGCACUUCAAACACAAUCUGCUUCUGAUUGGGCGGCAGCCGGCACAGCACACACACAAAGGCUGCACAGUCCCAGGUGUAUUCAAACUGGUAAUGGCACCCCUGCUGCACAAUGGAUUCAGACUCGUAGGAUGUUGUGUAACAGAACAUCCAACAAAUCUAAUCUACCUGUCAGACUACAAGAGUGCAUAUUACUGCUAUGGGGGCGAAGACAGAUGGAGUGAGAGGAAAAGAGAGAGUAGCUGACUGUAACCAUGGCAGCACAGUUUUUGUUUGGAUUUUUCAGCCAGUGAAAGAUGUGUAUUUGUUAACGGUGCAGGAUGAAAAGCGCUUUCAGAGCUGGUUGUUCAGUUCGCUGCUGUGAGGAUUCCCUUUGGUGCGAGCGCGGAGAUAAGAGAGCAAACAAUUAGCGUCGCAGGCCACAGUGAAUAAUAAGACACUCGCUGAAUUUAAAUCAGGCUGCUCUGCUGUUACUGACAACACAACAUUUGUAAUGAUUUAUUUAGAGUUUCUAUGUGUUUGCCCCCAUCUAUCCCUUGUUUUGAUUUGAAAGUGGUGGAUGUUGUCAUACUGCGAGAUAGCCAUGUACAGAUGCAUUGCUCUGUUAAUAUGUAAUAAUUCACUUAACUGUUAAUACCUCUUUUAUUUUAUGCCUGAAGUUCUAUGUUAAGUGAGGUAGAGAAAAUACAAAGGAAAUAAUUCAAAAUGUGUUUUGACUUUAUGACUGUUUCUAAGAAAAGAGCUUGUUAUAUAUGAUGGAGGACUAAUGGGCACAGGCCAGUCUUUCUGUAAUGUUCUGCGAUUAGAGUGCGCUGGAAUGAUUCAGUGCACUUUGCAUGAAUUAAAUCUAGUGGCAGUGCUCAAACAGAGAGCAAGGAUUGAAGAGGACUUCUCCAAAAUGCUGUGAAUGCAUGAAAAAAGGUUCUACCUUGAAUUCAUCAUGUAAUGUAAUGAAUUCACAUCCUCCCAUUUAAAUCUAAUCUAUACGUGUAGUUUAUGAUGCCAUUUUUGAAUGGUUGACAUUGCAUUUUGGAGCAAAAACAUUCAAAUCUUGUUGCUUUUAAUAACAUAAAACAAUGUUUAGUGGCCAUACUGCUUGAUUACUUAACCUAAUUGUAAAACAGUGUAUAAAAGCAUAGCAUUGCUAACAACCCUUGAUGGAAAUACAAAAAUGUAUUUUACAAAUCUUCUAUUUAUCUUGUGUAGAGUAUUUAUAGGUAUUCCUUUUAUGUAUAGGCUACUAUAUAUUGAUUACACAUCAUGACAAGGCACUUUCUAUAUCAUAAACCAUCGUCAUAUUUUGUCAUUUUUACUUUUUAUGCUACAUGAAAGUCCACAAUAUUUUCUUUUCGAUGGAAACUGUUCAAGGUUGUAAGUAUGUACAGUCAGCAAUCGCAAAAGUGUAUGACAAUAUUUCUGAUAUGAUUAUGCAUAGAGAGUAUUUUACUACUGUGGGUUUGAGUCGGCGUUGUGCGUAUUAAAAAAAAGUUUUAUAACAAGAUCUUAUCAACAGGGUGUUAUUGCUACAGGUUUGGGGAAAUCUUCUACUUCUUUCCCAUUUACUUUUCAGGAACUUUCACAUUCAUCUUGAGGUAUCUCCACUUACAAAAUGACCUGGACCUGCUUUCAUUAAACAUUCUGUUACAUUUUAAAUCAAAGACAAUGUGGUCAAAUAUCUUUGAGGACUAAACUGCUGGUAUCAGGUUUUGUAAUAAGCAUUCCACCCGAAUAAAAGAUUUGUAUGGGAAUAUGAA